AGGAAGCAAGAAUGAAGAGAAGAACAAAGAAGAAAAAAAUGAGAACAAGAAAGGGAAACAAGGAGAAGAAAAAGGAGAAGAAAAGACACGGAAAAAAAGAGGAAAGGAUAAGCUUCCAAUGUACUUGCGUUCACCUUUCAUGGUUGAACAUGAAAAACUUUUCAAGAAUGUGGACAAUAGAAAGGUAGCUGAGUAUGCGUUUGCUCAAGGAGAUAAUAAGGAGCUUUUGUAUGCUGAUAACAUGGGGACAACGAUUACGAGAGAUGAGAUUCAUAGUCUCAUAGAAGAUAAGCACAUGUUGAACAAUGUUGUGGAUGCUUAUGUUUGCCUAUUGAAUUUUGAAAAUAAAAGACGUGGUGUAGACAAGAAGAGUAGAUUCUUUUUCAGUACUGAAUGCUAUCUCAUACGUUGUACAGAAAAAUACUUCAAAUCAAAUGAAAGGCAAGAUGAUAGAAUGAAGGCUUUGUUUGAUAGAAUGCAACAAGAAAUGACAACGACCGAAGUAACAAGCUUCAAAAGCAUUCAAUUGGUUUUCUUCCCGGUCGUUUUACUAGAUCACUACUAUUUGCUGUGUGUCAACUUUGUGGAAGGAACAUUUGAUUUGAUUGACAACAGAUUUCUUCCACCAAAUAUUCCUUUUCACAAUAAAUAUGGAAAUUACCAUAGAUUAAUGUUGAAUGCAUUUGCUGAUUUCGUUCACUCAAUUGACUCAAAUAUAAAGAGUGACUUUGUAUCCUCCUUCAAAACAAGAAACUUGAGUAUGUCAUGGAAGAGCAAUAAGAACAAACAUGAUUGUGGAGUGUUCCUGUUGAAGCACAUGGAAACAUAUGAAGGAGAAUCUGUAAAACAAUGGAAUUCGGGACUAGAAUUAGACAAUUUUGACCAAAUGAAAAAAUUAAGAGUGGAGUAUUGUGGGAAGAUAAUAACAGCAGAAGUAAAUGAAGAACGGAACAAAGUGAUUAGGAGAUCAAAAAAGUGGUUAAAGGAGAACAAAAUGGAUAUAUGAUUGUUAAGAUCUUAAGUUUAUAUUUGUAGAGAGAUAUUUGCAAAGAAUAUAACAGUAAUUUUUUAUGUUCUAUGUAUUUACCUGUUACAAGAAAUAUAUUGUUGAAUCAUAUUAAAUGCUAAAAUUUUAAUAUAAAAUAUAUCAUAUAAACUUAUAUGCUAAAUUAUAUUCAUGUUCUAAAUUAUAUGGGUAUGUUCUAAAGUAUUUUUGAUUAUGUUUUAAUAAUUAUAUGCUUAUAAAGUUAGGAUAUUAGAAUAUAUUAUUAUAUAUUAAUUUUGACUUAAAACUUAAAG